AUGGGUGCAACGAGAAUGUUGCGCCUGCGCUGGACAGUGCCCCCCGCGGUUCUCGCGAUCUACUCGGUGGGGCACUGGGCUCAGGUCAACAGACAAUCGCAAAAAGCCUACUUCUCUAGCACUGCUGAGCGCGAGACCAAUUCCAAAUCACGAGCCUCGUCUGCCGGCGGGAAAGACUCCUCAGGGUCUGAAGAUCAGGAUUCUAUCUGGUUCAACAUUGUGCAAAAGUUCGAUGAAGCCAAACAGACCGUCGGAGUGAAGGAUUGGAGUGAUCUAGGAGGUAGCAUUACGAACUUUAUCACUCCUGACUGGGCCCGUUUUCUACCAGCGACAGCCCAGAAACUUCAGCGCGAGUUAUCUCUCGCUCCAGGCUCUUUAGCAGAUGAGAUUUGGAGGGAGUCGCAUGACCCUGAACUCAACCCUGAAAUUCUCAGAGAUGCCAAUGUUCGUGUAAGUGAGGACCUUUGCGAAGAAGAAAAGGCAUUCCGCAAGAAGCGACAGCAGCACGCGGUAAAGGCAUUGUCCUCAUAUCUGGAUAUACCUGAAGGGGAUAUCCAUCCGGACGAUGUACCUGUCAUCGCUGUGUGUGGAUCCGGUGGCGGAUUGCGAGCCCUGGUUGCGGGCACCGGGUCAUACCUGGCUGCUCAAGAAUCGGGGCUAUGGGAUUGUGUCACCUACACCGCUGGUGUGAGUGGUAGCUGCUGGCUACAGACUCUAUACCACUCUUCCAUCACCGGUCGAGACUUCAGGAAACUUGUUGAUCAUUUGAAAAGCCGAUUGGGUGUUCACAUCGCCUUCCCGCCAGCAGCUCUCAAUCUACUGACCACUGCUCCCACCAACAAGUACCUCCUCAGUGGCCUUGUAGAAAAGCUUAAGGGGGACCCUGGGGCUGAUUUUGGCCUGGUGGAUAUCUACGGAUUACUGUUGGCCGCCAGACUCAUGGUCCCACGCGGAGAGCUUGGCGUGUUCCAUGAAGACCUGAAGCUGUCUAACCAGAAGGAAAACAUUCUGAACGGCGCGCAUCCACUACCAAUUUAUACCGCAGUACGUCACGAAAUCCCAGUUAUCGAGGAGGAGAAAAUUCAAGCCAAACAUCCAAAAGCCGAAGAUGUGAUAAAUGAAGCAAAACGCGAGUCGUGGUUUCAAUGGUUUGAGUUUACGCCAUACGAGUUCUUCUGCGAGGAGCUCAAUGCUGGUAUUCCCACAUGGGCUUUGGGACGUCACUUCAAUGAAGGGCGGAGCCAUGCCUUUUGCGCCACGCUUUCCCAUUACUACAAGGAAAUUCGACCCUUGGUGAAAGGCCUCGCCGGCUUUGGAGGGAUCGACACUCUCAUCCAGGGCAAGAACCAAGAUUUGGUUCGAGUGCAUCCAAUUGACCCGGCUGCCAUUCCAAAUUACGUCUUGGGAAUGAAAGACAAGCUGCCCGAUUCUUGCCCGGAGACUAUUUUCCAAAGCAGUCAUUUGCGUCUUAUGGAUGCUGGCAUGAGCAAUAACCUUCCAAUUUAUCCACUCCUUCGGCCUGGGCGCGACGUUGAUGUCAUCGUUGCUUUCGAUGCCUCCGCAGAUAUCAAGCAGGAAAAUUGGCUCUCUGUUGUGGAUGGUUACGCGCGCCAACGAGGAAUAAAGGGCUGGCCGGUCGGUGCAGGAUGGCCCAAACAAGAGGAGGGCCUUGGAGACGCCGAGAAGGCUCUGCGUGAACCUCAGAAUAUCACAGAUGAGAAGGCGAAUCAGAAACUCUCCGACGCACAGCAGUCAAUGAACAAAUCGAAGGACUCUGGAUCGACCGAUCUUGGAUACUGCAAUGUCUGGGUUGGUACAACGGAGGAGCGCGUCUCAAACGAUGAGCCCCCACCAUCUAAGCGCCUGUUCCAUCCCGAGUCAGCCCAAGACCACAAGGAUUCAGAGUUCCACCUCAUGCGGCCCGAGGCCGGUAUUGCAGUUGUCUACUUCCCGCUCAUUCCAAACCCUUCGGCUCCAGGCCUACCUCCACCAUCCAAAACUCGCCCUCUUGCAGCUGCUCAGGCGAUUCAGCAGGCCCAGUCGGAGGCACAGGAAUCUACCAAGCCAUCCCCCAGUCCCAAUUCGAUCAAUCCAGAUGUCGACGACUUUCUGUCCACCUGGAACUUUGUCUAUACACCUGAGCAGAUUGAUUCCGUCGUUGGCCUGGCAAAGGCUAAUUUCGCAGAGGGGAAUGAUCAAGUUCGCCACGUUGUUCGCGCCGUCUACGAACGCAAAAAGUCCGAUCGGCUCCGCCGAGAAGAAGAAGAAGACCGAAAGCGUCUUGAAGGGUUCGUGCCUCUGUAA